AUGUCCUCUCCUAAUGCUCCACCCCGUUUGGUAGAUGUCCUACUUGUCGGCGGCGGUCCUACAUCACUCGUCAUAACGUACAUGCUGCUCAAGACCGGAAUCGUUACACUCACAGUUGAACAGUACGAUAAAACACAGCAAGCCUUGUAUGGAAGGGCAUGCAUGCUCUACGCUCGCUCUGUCGAGCUCCUUGACCUAAUCGGGGUCUACUCUGCGAUUGCAGACAUAGGAUUCAUGGUCAAAGACUCGACCACGUUCAAGGACGGCAAGGAAGUUCCAGCGCGGGGAUGGUCCUUCGUGCGCGACGCCAUCGCGGGAAAUACCUUCUUUGAAUUUAGCUUCAGUAUCAGACAGAAGCACAUCGAAUCCGCUCUCAGAGAGGCCAUACAGUCGAUGGAUUCAACUGCCCUUCAAGUCCCCGCGAAGCUCGUCGACUACACCAUUGAUUCAACCGCAGCGUACCCCGUACUCGCGACCAUCCAGGAGGGUCAAAAAACCUAUCAUGUUCGCUGCAAGCACCUAGUAGGAGCCGAUGGAGGACGUUCCACCGUCCGUUCCAUUAGUCGAAUCUCGUUCCCCGGGACAAACUCCGGCCAUCGCUGGGUGCGGAUGGACGCGGUGGUGCGCACGGACAUGCCGCACAGUAGGAGAGCAGGCGUCUCGAUUGAGUCUAUCGAGCACGGCAACGUCCUCUGGACGCCAACAGAUAACGGGCGCACUCGCAUCGGCUUCGUCUGCCCCCCGCAUCUCUGUCAGAAUGAAGAGUCACCGACCGCUGAAGCUAUCAUGGCGGAAGCCAAGAAAGCCGUUCGGCCGUUCACGUUGGAUUUCGUUGAGCUUGACUGGUGGACGGUGUACGCGAUCGGGCAGCGUGUGGCGGACAAGUUCAAGGACGGGCCGAUCUUCCUGGCGGGCGACGCGGCGCACACGCACUCCUCCGGUGCAGCCCAGGGAAUGAACACCGGCAUCCACGACGCGACGAACCUCGCAUGGAAGCUCGCAGGGGUACUCAAAGGGUGGCUACCUGAGAGCGUGCUGGACACGUACGACGCCGAGCGCCGCGCGUCCGCGCAGCACCUCAUCCAGCUCGACCGCGAUAUCGCGUCGCUCAUCUCCGGCAAGAUCCCCAGCCACCUCAGCGCGCCGCCCGGCGCCGACGUCAACUCAUACCUCAACCAGGUUUUCACUGAGAACGCAUCCUUCACCGUCGGCCUCGGCAUCUCGUACACCGAGAACAUGCUGAAUCGCCGCGUCGGCGCCGCAAGCACGGUGCCCGCAGCUGUGCUUGUGGGCCGUCGGGCGCCGGAUGUCGCGCUCGUCCUCCCAGGUGCUGCGUUCCCGCGGAGGCUCUACGAACUGAUGGCCUACUCCGGGCGGUUCUGGAUCCUUGUCUUUGCCGGCGCGUUGGAGGACAUGCUCGCAGGUGCGGCACUGAACGCAAUAUGCGCGGGUAGAUACCUGGCGCUCAAGCAGGCACUCGAUGCCCGCGACGCGUUCACCCGGACGCGUGCGCCCGUGUUCGCGUUCUUGACGAUCUCUCGUGGGGAGGGUGCGCUGCAGUCCACCGAGGCGCUGGGCGAGCAGCCAUUGGGCAGUUCAGCGUACGACGUGACGGGGGAUGCAUAUGCGAAAUAUUCGAUCGACCCGGCGGAGGGCGGCCUGGUCGUCGUGCGCCCGGACGGCAUAGUCGGGACCAUCGCCCCGUUGGGUGCGACUGGUUAUGGCGAGCUUGAAGCCUACUUCGCCGAGAUAGUGCUGCCGGCGUCCGCAAAUGACGGCCUGCGUGAUGUAGCAGGCUCGGAGCUGACGGUAGGGGAAAUAUCGCUCGAAGGGCAUGAGGAGAGGCGAGAGAUCAUCAAGACUGCCUUACUGUAAAGUAGCUGUUCAUGCACAUGUAUCGCUUCAUGGAGUUAUCAAAAGUUAUCGAG